GAAUAACCAGUCUAGGAGGUCAUAAAAUAUGCUGUAUGUUGUAUUUCCUGGUACUUUGGGGUCUCAGAGUGUUUCUUUAGAAUUCAUAUUUCUCUUCCAGACUCCAUGGGAUACAAACAGACAUUAUAUACCCCAGCCUGCUGCAAAACGGGUCAAAGAGAAGCAAAGGGAUGUUCUCAAGAAUGUCAGGAGCUGCUGGAAGAUGCAAGGAUGCAAAGCAGAUUCUACAGCUCUCAGGCUGCUGCAUUGCUGAAGUCUGUGUCUAGUUCACCCCAUCUUCCAGACCACGUGCUCCAUGCUUUGAGACCAGGAGGACCUUGGUGUUCUGAAAUGAAGAUGGAGACAGUGGGAAAAACAGAAGAACUUGUUGAUUCAGAAGUUCCGCCAAAGACUUCUGAAAAGCAAGAGGUGGCUCCUGAUGAAGAUGGGCCAAUAGAACUGGAGACACAAACCCAGAAGGACAGCGUGGCCGCCGCAGCGGACUCUGUGGUCCUCUCCUCCAUGCCUUGCUUACUGAUGGAACUGAGGCGAGACUCCUCGGAGUCUCAGCUGGCGUCUACAGAGAGUGAUAAGCCAACGGGUGGUCGAGUUUACGAGAGUGACUCUUCUAAUCAUUGCAUGCUUUCCCCUUCUUCCAGUGGGCAUUUGGCUGACUCAGACACAUUGUCUUCCACAGAAGAGAAUGAGCCCUGUCACGCUGAAGCUGCUGUGGAAGGUGACCCUUCUGUGGUGUCUGGGGCUGUGGUCGGGAGGAAAUCCAGGCGAUCCAGGUCGGAAAGCGAAACUUCAACAAUGGCUGCAAAGAAAAACCGACAGUCUAUUGAUAAGCAGAAUGGCCGAGUUACCAAGGUAAAAGGUCACCGAAGCCAAAAACACAAAGAAAGAAUCCGGCUCUUAAGACAGAAACGGGAGGCAGCUGCUCGCAAGAAAUACAACCUGCUGCAGGACAGCAGUACCAGUGAUAGUGACCUGACGUGUGACUCGAGCACGAGUUCAUCAGAUGAUGAUGAAGAGGUUUCAGGGAGCAGCAAGACAAUCACUGCAGAGAUACCAGCUGGCUUCAGUCGUGCUGGGGGAUCUGGAGGAGCGACCAGGGAAAUUCCAGGAUUGCUUGACAGGGGCACCGUGUGGGAUAGGAACUGCAUAGGCAAUGUCCUGGAAGAGGCCAUGAACUGCUUUGCCGAGAUGCAGAGGCAGACAGAGGAGAAAUUCCGCAUGUGGAUAGAAAAGCUAACCCGUCUUGACACGGACGAAGAAAGCAAGCAACAACUGGAGCCCAGGGAACCUAAAAUUCAACUAGUUGGCCAAAGAAUCCCCCCUACCACACAGUCAGGGGCUUUCAUACAGAUGCCUGAUAGCCAAGUACUUCCACAGCAGUCGUUUAAUUCUUACGUGGGAUAUCAAAAUGUCGAUGCUGCGCUAGAGUUUCCAGCGACUUUCAAUAACAAUUUUCCACCUGUCUUUCCAGAGAACGGGAAUAUUGCAGAGCCUGAUCUGAAUCAAUCAUAAACUUAAAACAAACAAACAACAAAAAAAUCCGAUCUUUGCAAUCUUGAUGUUACUUUGGAUUAUGCUAAAACAAACGUUUGCUUUUCUCUCUGUGUAUGCUUGUUUUGCUUUUCCUCUUUUGGGCUUUAUUACCAUCGAUUUUAGUUUUUUUUGUUUAAUUUAUAGAGAAUAUAUAUGUAGUUUUAAAAAACCCACAUUGUACCCCUGUGCAUGUGCCAGCACACCCAGACACCUUUAAAGGUGUGAGGGGAAACCACACUGAGCCUUCAUCACCAACCUUGGAAAAGUAUAACUUAGAAUCCUUGUUUAGAUACCCCAAAAUCAGUAGAGCUAUGUUUGUUAUAAUAGGAGCAUUCAGAGCAUUUAGCCAAAUGCUCUCUUUGCAUGUUAAAACAUUUAUAUUAGGAAGUAAGUUUUAUAUUUAAAGAUGUAAAACACCCUAGAGAAGGUACAGACUCAUAACGUUUCCUUAACUCUGUUUACUCCAAAGUUUUACAGCUUCAACACGUCACACGUUAUUUUUUAUUCUUCUUCCUUUUUAGGCAGAAGUAAUAAAUAAGCUUACCCUAAAGAUUUAGCUAUAUAUAACAAAUGUGCGCAACUGGUUGGGUUUUUUUUGUCUCCCAUUUAGUAGUUCAUUUUCUGUCCAGAGUUUUUAUUAUUGUCACUGCUGUGUUGCACAUGGCAUAUUUAUGGAGGCAGCUGUCUUAUAUUGUGCGCACAAAUACACACAUGUGUAUAUAUAUAUAUGUAUGUGUGUGUUCGGUUUGGGUGGAAGUCAUCUCUAAUUUUAGGUGUCAUUUGCUGUGGAUCUCCUUCUGAAUCAAAGGGAAGAGAUAAGCACCUAUAAGAGGACACCUCCUGGCAGCGUCUUUCUCUUCCAUUAAUUGUCUAAACCUCCCACAUAAACACUUUAGAAUAGAUAAUUUUUGGCUAAAGUCAGGUGAGGUGAAUCACACCCAACUGCGUGCCUGCAUGACCCAUGCAUGGAAAAUACUGCUGCUUUAUUCUGUAUAUACGACCAAACUGCAUCCUUCAUGCUGGAAUAAACAUGGUUAUGUCAGUCCUAAGAUAAGCAGCCAUGUGCAGGUGGUUUGAGCCUUGGCACAGGAAUUUAAAAUAAGGCUCAACAGCCGGAUUAGUAAAACACUGUGGUGGUCUGAAGGUGUGGGCUGCUGGUCUGGGUCAGACAGCAAGAACUUCUUCUGAACCACAUCUGAAUGCCACUGAAAUAAUUAUUUACUUGUGAUGGGGAAUGCCAGAACUUUAGGUUCAUUUAAAUAAUACAAUAACUUGCUAUUGUGUGUAUUUUUUUUAUACUGAUUGCCUGAAUAGGCAGCCUUGAAACUGUGAUGUUUAAAGUAGGAUUAAUUUUAACUAUAUAUUAGAAAUCUCUAUUUAAUUCUUAUUAUUAUCACUACAGACAGGGAUUUUUUGGUCAUCUCUCCAUUAAAGCCUUUCUUCCUAUGAAGUAACUCUCCAUAGCUACCAAAAACAUAUAUUUAUCAUCAGCUGGAACUUGCUAAAAGUUUCUAAAGCAAAUUAAAUGAAAAUUCUCAUUAUGGAAGUUGAAGGUCUUUGCAUAGAGAUAGCCUAAGUAAAGAGAACUCUAUAUGUCUCCUUUAGGUCUGUUGUUUUGCUUUUAAAACCUAAUAAUGUUAGUGUAAUUACUUUUCUUCCUGUUGGAAGUAACCGCUUCUUCUAUAGAUCUGAUUUUCUUUUUCUCCCUGAAGUCAGUGGGAGUUUUUCCAUCAAUUUAUGUGGGGUUUGGAUCAAACCUGUAACAGGAACUCAAUAAAUCCCUUUUGUUUUCAGUAUAAUACUAACACUGGUGUUUUAACAUUAUUCUUGGCACAGACUUCUUUUUUUUUUAAUCAUAUGUGAUGCCUUCAUUAAAAAAUGAGGUUAGAGAGCUGUGUUAUUCUCAGAGUCACUGUUUGAAAGACUAUGCAGGAGAUAAUUUUUAAGUACUGGAAUAAAAUCUUUACAGAUCACCUUCGUGCAUCAUUUUGAUACAAAGCUUUUGAUAUGAACUUGUAAGAAAAUCUGAAAUUGCGUGCAUUUUUAACCUAACUGCUGGUAAAAGUGAAACUAGUUAUAUUGGACUGUAAUUUAAUAAACUUGUCCUCAUUUGUUUAAAAUUUAGGAUCCUUCAGGGAAGAUUUGCUGAUAUUAAAAAAUCGAAUCAUUCUGGUGUUGAUAGAUUUGAUAUAUACAUAUAUAUAUAUACCUUUAUGACAAUUAUAAGAGCAGCAUAACAUAAAGCAUGACAACUUUACAAGUCUUCCCGUGCAUGCAGAAGCAGCUUUUUGCAGUGACUGGUUUCUUUUAAUGUGUAAGAGUCACUUAAUUCAGUGCAUCUGUAAGCAUGGCCUUAACCUUUUUUUUAAAUAAAAUAGCGUAUAUGGAGUAAUUAGGUAUUUCAAAACAAGUUGUGCAAGGAGAUGAGCUGAACUUAAUUAUCUCUCAGACUGAAACAGACUUUUACAUAUCGAUCUCAUAAAUAGAUAAUUACUUCGUUAGGGAUUUCUGCCAGCCUGCAGGUGUCUCGGCUAGGUGAUCUAUUUAAAUACAUAAAAAUACUGAAAUAAUUCAGUGUAUUAAUAGAUAAAAGUUUGGGUUUCGUUACUAUGGGCAAAAAUUAAACACUUUUACACGGUUUUAUCCAUUUACACUCAUUGUUUUUUUCCCUUUCAAGUAGUUUUGAAUGUGAAAGAACAAGCAGAGAAUUAUAGCAGUUGAGCAUACAGACUUUAAAGCUGUGCUCUUUCUAGGAUAAAGGUAUUCCAAGGCAACAAGAAGGCUGAGGGAAUAGUUUAUAUUAGAUAUCAUUUCAACUUAAUUUCCCUGCAAAAACUACCUGGUGUUAAGAACACCCGUGCAAGACCAAUGGCUGUAAAUGGUCUCGUAAAUGGUAAAUACUGUUUUGUGUGUUCGCUCUUUUAACUUGCUGCAAACCUGGAGCCAGAUAUUCAGCCGUCAUAAAUCAGCUCCUUUGAAAUGAAAAGUGUGCAUUGAUUUACACGGUUGAGUAUCGGGUCCAAUAGCUUGUUUUCUGAGUGAAGAAACACGUUUUUCUUUCUAGUAGCUGAGAGGGGAACCCCAACUUUCUGGUUUUGGGUGUAAUAUAUAUAACCUGCCUGCUGAAGGAUUUGUCGGGCUGUGCAAUUAAACAGGAGCAUCUCUCCUAAUGCUCUGUAUUGUGAAUUUGCAAGAUGCAGAGCACUGAAGAAACCAACCUUCAGGUCACAAAACUAGUCAUGAGUUUGUAUUUUAAAUACAUAUGCAGCAGCCUUUGGCAUCUCUUUCAGAAAACGGAUUCCUAAAGCGUAAUUUCAGAUUUACUUCUUGUCCUCCUGGAAAUAUUUUUGCUGUGUUAUACAGCUGCGGUUAAGUUUGUAAUAAUUUCUGUUUUAAGCUCUUAUUGUCAAAGGGCUUUGACUAGAGACUUUCUGGGAUUUAAAAUUUCUUCAGCUGAAAUUAUAACCUAAGUUUUAAUCUCAUCCAUUCUGUAUUUCAUUAAAGCAGCCUGCCCUAAUUUAAGACUAUUUUAAGACUGUCAGAAGGAAACUCUUCUGCUUUCCAACCCAGAGUUAAUCUUCAAUGUAUGUUUAUUCUCACAUCUCAACAAAUUACUUCAAAUUUAACAACAGAGGAGAAACCGGGAGGAGUUUUGCACAGACAUGGAGAAUCACAAAGGAUAAUUCAGAGUUUAAUUGCCCUAAGUUCUAUACUUUCAAAUGGAGUAAAGAAACAUUCUAGUUUCUUUAAAGGAUUUUACUUAGGGUUUUGAAAGAGCAAAUGCAUCAGAUCAGCUGGCGUAAUUCCAAUGGAGACAGUGCCAGUUAUAAACCAGCUGGCCUAUGUAAGUGUCUAUAUUGCCAUUUUUAAUAUCAAAUUAUAUGUUUUCAGUGUGGCAGCUGUUUGCAUGGGAGUAAGUGAACACCCAUGUGACUGCAGAGCCUGGAUUUAGUAGCAGGUGAAACACAGAUACUUUAUUAGCAUUUUUUUGUGCAAAUACUAAAUAAAUAAGACUUUAUGUGGCUUAAACGCCAAACUGUCAAUUCAGUAAAUGAAGAAAUUAAGAUAUCUGCUCCAGGAGUUGCACCCUGUGUAGGAGCCCUUGGAAGCUUUAGGGUACAGUGUAUUUUUGCAGGCUGUUUGUGCUGCUUUUUCCUCCCUCGAGUGGGGCUUGGUAAGAAAGGUCUGUAGGAAAUUCACAGAAUCCCAGAAUGUCAGGGGUUGGAAGGGCCCUGGAAAGCUCACCCAGUGCAAUCCCCCCAUGGAGCAGGAACACCCAGAUGAGGUUACACAGGAAGGUGUCCAGGCGGGUUGGAAUGUCUGCACAGAAGGAGACUCCACAACCUCCCUGGGCAGCCUGGGCCAGGCUCUGCCACCCUCACUGGGAACAAGUUUCUUCUCAAAUUUAAGUGGAACCUCCUGUGUUCCAGUUUGUACCCAUUGCCCCUUGUCCUGUCACUGGUUGUCACCAGAAGAGCCUGGCUCCAUCCUCCUGACACUCCCCCUUUCCAUAUUGAUCCCCAGGAAUGAGUCCCCCCUCAGUCUCCUCUUGUCCAGCUCCAGAGCCCCAGCUCCCUCAGCCUUUCCUCACACGGGAGAUGCUCCACUCCCUUAAAUUCCACCCUUUACACAUCAUUUGAUCUGAUGGUUUGGGGUUUAUUCUUCACAUGUUUCUAACAAGACACCUGCAUUUUUCAGGUUUUGCUAGGGAAUAAAAAAAAAGGUAAUACACAACAUAAAACAGAUUCUACUAAAGGCAGCGAAACUUUAUUCAGUGUUUCUAUUGCAAAAAAAUAACUGAACAGGGGAAAAAUAAGACUUUCAGAUAUACUGCUCUUCAGUGUUAUUUUUAACAGUAUUAGGAUGAAAUUCAGGCAGAAGUUUAAAUCUUUAUUUUUUUAAGUUCACAGUGUCUUUUAGUGUUUUUGCAGGAUUGUUGGGUUAUUUUAUCUGAGCUGCUAGAGUUAAGACUGGAGGACCAAUCUUAACUUCAAUGAAACGGGAUUAUAUUUGGCAGUUAUUCUACAAACUGAAAUGUAUUUAUUAACACUGUUUUCUCUUGUUAAUAUAUUUUGUCUUUUCCUGUAUCCACAUACUGUAAACCUCCUUUUUUUAUUUAAAAGUAAUAUUUCAAGGGCAUCAAGAAAUUAAAUUCUACCCCCAUUAAAAUCAGUAGAAAACUUCUGCUAAUUUCAAUGGGGGCUAGCAUUUAACCUCAUUAAAAACUGAGCCAAUUCUGCAGGUUUUGGUCAGAGAAUCCUUCGGGAGACUUUAAUCUUUGCCUGAUUAGCGUGUGUAAAUCAGGUGAAUUGAGGCUCUGCACUGUGACCCCUGCAGUUACAUUUGGAAGCACCAAAACAGACGCGCUGUGUGAUUUGUGCUGUAGGAGCUGAAAUGUUCGGGCUGGUUGACAGAGAUGGGCAGUACCUUGCAAAACACGGAGCCAGAAAUCGGUCUUUUCUCACAAAUUUUAUUAGCUUUGCAGUACAAAAUGAAGGCACAUGGAAAAUGGGAUUGUUGGUUUAGGAGCGAUUGUUUUCUGGGGUGCACGGGGCGCGUUUUUGCCCGUUUUUUCCUGAUUCAAGUUGUAUUUACAUAGGGAUUUUUUUUAACUGUCAUAGCUAUGUCAGAGUAGGGUGCGAUGAUUUCCAAAACCCUCCUGAUGCACUUUUGCGUGUAAAACUGGGUAAGAGAUCUGGCUGAUAUAUCUGGCUAAUAUAUCUGCUUCCAUAAUUGAUCAAUUAUUAGAUGGUAUCAGGGAAAAUAAAUCUAUCAUGAGAUAUGAAGUGCACACCACACCCUGAUACACAUUCCAUGUGCCUUUGCCUAAUGCACAAUGAAAAAGACUUUAUUAUGUCUUUAAAUUGGUAAAACAAAUCCAAGGUAUUUCCAUCUAGUAAUCCAAAAGCCUGAAAGAAUGAAUGUUGAUCGGCAAGACUUGAAUUUUUGAGAUCUCUUUUUAUGUGAUAUAUUGAAAGUGAUCCAGUCUGAGAGCAUUUGGUCAUGUUGUUUUGAUUUUAUUAUUGUGAUUAAAAAAAAGACAAACACAAAAGCUUUACUGUGUGAAAUGAAGGAAAAUGUGAGGAAGGUGGAUUCAUGCAUAACUUUUUGUUCACUUUAUGAUUUUAGAGAGAAUGUUGUUACACUACUAUUGUUUUUUUAUUGUAUUGACAAUGUAUUCUUUGUCUAACCCUGUAAAUUUUGCAAUGUAACUACUGUAACCUGGAAUAAAUAAAUCAAUAUAAAUAGUAA